AUGCAUGAAGAAGGAACGGAGACAUUUGAGCUUAUGGACAUCAUGAGGUAUAUGGCGCCCACACGACCUGCUGACGAUACCCCUGAAAAGGUGCUUGAAGCGCUAAGAGAGUACACUCCCCGCUAUUUAUACGACAUAUAUCUUUUCGCGCCUGGCACCCCUAUUCGGGCGCUGCUGCACCCUUGCAUGUACACCCGAAUACUAAAAGGAUGGCUAAAAAUAGGAAGCAUUGUCAGAAUAACCCACUUGGAGGGAGACAUGAUUGUGAGCAUGGAAAGCAUGGGGAAAAUCUCAGCAAAGGACCUAACAGCGAUAAAGCGGAAUGCCUACGUGACCCUCCCAGACCCCAUAUUCAACAAACGCGGAUACUAUAUGCCGCUUCUGUCCGACGAGGGAUACAUGAAGUGGGACAGGCGGUGGAAAACCUAUCUGGAGAAAUACAGCAGCUGCAGCGAUGACGUGGAGCUUCUGCUGGAGCUUGAGUCCGACCCGUGUCGGAAAGGGCCUGCCAUGGGCUUGGACAAAGAAACCCCGAAUAACCCAGGCCAGCCAUGCCUGGUCAAGUGCGCUCUCGACACAGAAGAGGGGAUUCAGGAGCUCCAAGUAAAAAGGAGGCGCACAGAGGUGGGCUAUGUGAAAACGCAACAAAACCUCAUACAGGGACAGGUCAUACUCAAGAGCAGGCUGUUUACUUUCUCGCGCACUGGGAACUUUCCGCUUUUUUUUGCGUUUGUUCUGCUCACUUCCAUAGGCCCAAUAAAAGUCUAUGUGUGGGAGCUUGCGGUGAGAAAGUUCUUCUGUGUGAAGGAGGGCGACUAUGUUUCGAUCCGCGGGUUUAAAAUAAGGAGGAGAAGGGGCGCGUUGACGAUCGCAGACCGGAUAAAAACCGAUGCUGACACAAAGUAUGGAAGCCUGCCCGAAAUCAACGUCAACAUAUGCACGCCUGUCGGGCAUAUCAUGGAGAUGGAUAAAAUCCCAGGCCUCCCUGCCGUGUCCCAGGACCCGGAGUUUACAACAGUUGUGGGCAUGGUCGAGUACAUGAGCUCUCUCCUCCGGUAUGCAGAGAAGGAAAAGAUAAAAAGCUUUAAAGAGUAUGUUUUGCUGAAAGUGUCUGGAACUGCAGUAAAGCUAAUUUCAAACGGAAUCCUGCAGAGCGUGCUGGAAAUAAACAUAGGCGAAUGGAUAGAGAUACGGCAUUUGCGGAAGGGCUGCAUAGGCGAGUUUGAGUUUUAUGUGUCUUCGCUCUACACACAGUUCUACUGCAAGCCGCCCAGCGCUCCGCUUUUCGACAAGCAUGUCCUGACAGGCGAGUGCACAGGCUUUGCGGAGGGAAACGCGGUGGGAUACAUUCCUGUGUGCUUUAGCACGUUCAAUGCACACAUUUCUGCGUCGAUGGAGGGGAUUGGGGCGCUAAAGAUCAGGGGGGUUCCAAUUCCCCGCGAGUCGCCGGACUCCGCCUACAUAAAGAAAGACAAAAUAUACUUCGGCAGCGUCUGCAGCCUGCAGGAUGCGUUGAAAGACAUCUCCAUGCUCUAUCUGGAUGAGUCCGCGCGGUUUAUUGUGUUUGGGAAGAUACUUGGAGUCCGGUACAACGCACAGGGGGACCCCGCCAUAGGCAACGACACCUUUGACGUGUCGUACAUAGCCGCAGACACAACUGUGUGUGCCGAGCAAGACUUGGACUUAGAAAGCGAAGGCUCCUCUGAAAUGUGCAGGAUUCCGUUCAACGACCGAAUAGAAGAGAAUGCGGUGAUUCGGUUUGGGAGCGAAGGGUGCCAUGUAGACAUAAAAGUGUUUCAGAACCACCUGGUGCACCGCAGUUUUGAGGAAAGCGUUCUGGACUUUCUGAAGGUCAAAAGCCUCCCAAGCGGCUCCAUAUACAGCGAGCUGGACAAAAGGGUGGGUGAAAAGUGCUAUUUUGUUUUUGAUGCAAUUAGAAUCAAUGAAGAAGAUGUUUUGCAUGUGGGCGUGUCUUUGCUCACAUGA